AUGGACGAAACACAUAAAAUGGGAUUUUUGGGCGCCACGUCGUAUGUGAUUGGAAAUAUUAUUGGAUCUGGCAUUUUUAUCACGCCAGCCUCGAUUUUGAGGUGAGUUUAGACCGCAAGCUUCCGCGUCAGCGGCACUAUCUUCCGCGCAGCGGCCUCGCGGAAAAUUGUGCGCUCGGGAUACUGUAAUUUAAAGGGACAUACACUCGCUUCGCUCGAACCGCUUACGCGGAUUUUUGAUCUACACUCGCGCCAAAGGCGCUCGGGAUACUGUAUGCUCCUUUAAAAUACUGUAACCUCAAGUUAUCUGCUACACUCGCCCGGCUCGAGCUUCAAAGGAACAUACAGUAUACCGAGCGCCUUUGGCGCGGGUGUAGAUCAAAAUUCAGCGUAGCUUUGGGAUACUGUAGGUCCCUUUAAAUGUGCCUACAGUAAUUUAAAGGGACAUACACUCGCUUCGCUCGAACCGCUUACGCGGAUUUUGAUCUACACUCGCGCCAAAGGCGCUCGGGAUACUGUAUGCUCCUUUAAAAUACUGUAACCUCAAGUUAUCUGCUACACUCGCCCGGCUCGAGUUUUAAAGGAACAUACAGUACCUGGCGCGAGUGUAAAUCAAAGCUUUGGGAUACUGUAGGUCCCUUUAAAUGUGCCUACAGUAAUUUAAAGGGACAUACACUCGCUUCGCUCGAACCGCUUGCGCGGAUUUUUGAUCUACACUCGCGCCAAAGGCGCUCGAAAUUCUAAAUUUUGGCACAAUUUUUGAAAUUUCAGAAAUUCUGAAAAAAAGUUUGAAAUUGAUUUUUUUUAAUAAAAACCUUCCAAAAAAAAUUCCUAAAAUCUUCAAAAAUCAAAUUUUCAAAGUUUGAUUGUUAGAUUUUUGUCCGAAAAUCCACGUGGCAAAUUUUUUUUGUUCAGAAUUUUUUUUUUGAAUUUUUGAAAACUUUGUUUUUUUGAAAUUUCAAAAAUCCACGUGGCAGUGAUUUGAAAAAUUUUGGCUCAAUUUUACACAAAAAAUUAAACUCAAAAAUUUCUGAAAAAAACUUUAAUUUUAAAUUUUGAAUAUGAAAUUUUUCUAGAAGAUCAGCUGAAAAAAAUCCACGUGGCUUUAUUUUUUUUUUCGAAAAUUUGAAAAUUAAAUAAAACUUUUUUUUUUGAAAUUUCAAAAUCCACGUGGCAGGGAUUUUCUGUAAGUUUCAAAAUUUAGCCCAAUUUUUUUUCUGAAAAAAACCACGUGGAUUCAUUUUCAAAAAUGUUUUGGAAAUUUUUGAAAAUUUGAAAAUGAAAAAAAUUUUUUUUUUCAAUUUUGAAUAUGAAAUUUUUCUGAAAAAAAAUCCACGUGGCUUUAUUUUGAAAUUUUCUGAAAUCUUAAUAGAAUUUAGCCAAACUUUUUUAAAAUUCAAAUUUAAAUUCCAUAAAAAUCAAUAAUUUUUUUGCAGAAACGUAGACAGUAUUGGACUGAGUCUAGAAAUUUGGAUUUUAUGCGCAAUAAUCGCAAUUUUGGGCGCAAUUUGUUAUAUUGAAUUGGGAACUUCGAUUCGAGAAGCCGGUUGUGAUUUUGCCUAUAUUUGUUAUGUUAAAUGGUGAGUGUUGGGGGUUACUGUAGGUUACUGUAGACGGUUACUGUAGACGGUUUUUUAUUUGAGAACUGUAUUUAUUUUUUCUAUUUUUUUCCACGUGGCUUCGUUUUUUUAAAUUCUUUUUUUGAACAAAAAAAAUUUGUGCUAAAAUAAGUACUGUAGCUCAGGAAAUUUUUGGCUUCAUAAAAAUUCCACGUGGCAAAAAUCUACUGUAGCUUUGAGAUUACUGUAGUUUUUUUUUGAAAAUAAAUUUUGCUCUGAUGAAUUUUGAGGCUCAAAAAUCUGUAUAGAAAUUCCACAUGGCAAAAUUGAAUUUCAAAAAAUUCUAAAUUCCACGUGGCAAAAAGAGAGUACUGUAUCUGUUGUUUUUGAAUUUUCCGAAAAUCCAAAAAAUUUCAAAUUUUCAAAAUUUUUCAAAAAAAAAUUUUGUGCUAAAAUAAGUACUGUAAAAAUCAAAAAUCUAUGGGUACUGUAGCUUCAAACCUUUGUGAAUUUUUUUUUUGAAAAAUAAAUUUUCUCUGAAAAUUUUGAGGCUCAAAAAUAUAGAAAUCCACGUGGCAAAAUUAAAUUUUCAAAAAAAUAUUCCACGUGGGAGUACUGUAGGUGUACUGUAGCUCUAGAAUCUUUAAUUUCAGGUACUCAGUGGCGUUCGCCUUCAUGUGGGUGUCAGUUCUGAUGACCUACCCGGCCACAAUUGCAAUUUGCUCCGAAACUUUUGGCCAAUAUUUGAUGGAGGGCUUGAAGCAGGUGAGUACUGUAGUUUUGCUACAGUAGUCAACCUACAGUACCCCAAUACAAUACACACAUUUUCUUACAGUACUACGAUAUAGAUGAGGAUUGGGUACCGAUUUGUCAGAAAUUGUUCGGAUUUUCAUUGUUGAGUGAGUGUUUUUUGGGAGGCUACCGUAGUCUACAGUACCACAUUUGGUCUCAGAAUUCAAAGGCGCGCGUGUAGCUACAGUAAUCCUAGGGUUACUGUAGUUAUUUUACAGUAAACUGAAUUGAAUUAUGGCUCCAUAAUGUUUUUUCACAAAUUUUUUAAAACGUAUUUUUUUCGGCGCCAGAAAAAAAAUCUACAGUACCCAAGCGGCUUGGGCCAAGCCCACUCAUAUUUGAUCUCAAAAUGAUCAGAAUUUAAAGGCGCGCUUGUAGCUACAGUAAUCCUAGGAUUACUGUAGUUAUUUUUAUACUCAAUUGAAAUGUGACGCCAUAACAUUUUAUGAAUCUCAACAAUUUCCUUUCACAAAUUUUUGAAACGUAUUUUUUCGCGCGCCAAAAAAAAUCUACAGUACCCAAAUUUAUUCAUAUUUGAUCUCGAAAUGAUCAGAAUUUAAAGGCGCUUGUAGCUACAGUAAUCCUAGGAUUACUGUAGUUAUUUUUAAACUCAAUUGAAAUGUGACGCCAUAGCAUUUCGUCAAUCUCAACAAUUUCCUUUCACAAAUUUUUGAAACGUAUUUUUUUCGCGCGCCAAAAAAAAAUCUACAGUACCCAAGUUCAUCCAUAUUUGAUCUCAAAAUUAUCAGAAUUUAAAGGCGCGCUUGUAGCUACAGUAAUCCUAGGGCUCAAAAAUGACGUCAGAAAAAUCCACGUGGCAACCAAAUCUAGAUGCAAAUUACCUAGUAAAAAAAUCUACAGUACCCAAUCAAGCCUACUCAUAUUUGGUCUCAAAAUGAUCAGAAUUUAAAGGCGCUUGUAUAUCUACAGUAAUCCUGGGGCUCAAAAAUUCAAUUUUCCAGUGCUGGUCACCUGGAUGAACUUCUUCUCGCUCUCAAAAUUCGCGGCACGCUUCCAAAUCAUCGCCACAGUCGCCAAACUUCUCAGCUGCUUCCUGAUCAUCGCCACCGGAUUCUACUUCUACUUCUUCAAAGGUUGGACCGGAUAUCUAAAGAGACCGAUGCAGGGUUCGAACUACGAGACGGGUCGAUUGAUAAUGGGAACCUAUGGUGGAUUGUGGGCGUUCAGCGGGUGGGAUGUGUUGAAUUACAGUACUGGUGAGAUCGCAAAACCCAAAAAGAAUGUGCCGUUGGCGCUGAUGUCAGGAAUUGGAAUUGUGACGGCGGUUUAUGUGGCGAUUAAUGUGGCGUAUUUUGUGGUGUUAGAUGUGGAUACUGUCAAAAGUUCGGAUGCUGUUGCAGCGGUGAGAUUCUAAUUUUCAAAAAUCUAGAAAUCCACGUGUAUGUUCCUACAGUAAUUUAAAGGGACAUACACUCGCUUCGCUCGAUCUACACUCGCGCCAAAGGCGCUCGGGAUACUGUAUGUUCCUUUGAGUGAUCUACAGUAUUCUCGAGCGCCUGUGGCGCGAGUGUAUGUCCUUUAGAUUACUGUAGCAGAUAAUUUAAAGCUACAGUAAUCCAAAGGGACAUACACUCGCUUCGCUCGAGCCGCUUACGCGGAAUUUUGAUCUACACUCGCGCCAAAGGCGCUCGGGAUACUGUAUGUUCCUUUAAAGUGCAUCUACAGUAUUCCCGAGCGCCUGUGGCGCGAGUGUAGAUCAAGAUUCCGCGCAAGCGGCUCGAGCGGAGCGAGUGUAUGUCCCUUUAGAUUACUGUAGCAGAUAAUUUAAGGCUACAGUAAUUCAAAAAGACAUACACUCGCUUCGCUCGAACCGCUUACGCGGGGAAUUUUGAUCUACACUCGCGCCACAGGCGCUCGGAUUUUGCCACGUGGAAAGAGAAUUCCACGUGGCAAAAUUGAAUUUCAAAAAAAAUUUCUAAAAAAGUUCCAGGAGUACUGUAGCUGUAAUUGUUUUGAAUUUUCCUCAAAUUCAAAAAAUUUCUAAUUUUCAAAUUUUUCAAAAAAAAAUUUUGUGCUAAAAUAAGUACUGUAAAAAUUCCACGUGGCACAAAAUCUAUGGGUACUGUAGCUUCGAGAGUACUGUAGUUUUGUGAAAUUUUAAGCUUAAUAAGCUUUGUGAUUUUUUUUUGAAAAAUAAAAAAAUUAGCUCUUGAGACUCAAAAAUCUAGGAAUCCACGUGGCAGAAUUGAAUUUUUAAAAAAAAAUCUUGAAAAGUUCCACGUGGCAACAAGAGGAGUACUGUAGUUGUAAUUGUUUUGAAUUUUCCUUAAAUCCAAAAAUCCUCUAAUUUUUGACAUUUUUUUUCAUUUUUGUGUGGAAAAAAUGUCAAAAAAUAGGGGAAAAUAUAGUUUUUUGACAAAAUUCAAAAAAAAAAUCUAAGUUCCCGGAAAAAACUCAUAAAUUUCAGAAUUUUUCACCAAAAAAUUAGCCUAAAAAGUUAUUUUUUUGCUCGAUUAAAAUACGUUUCACACAAAUUCCAAAGAUCAAAUUCGAAUUUUCUGAACUUUUUUUCAGUGAAAAUAUUCUUCAGCUAAAAAUUCUAUAAUUUUUUUUUGGAAAAAAAAAUGUUCAAAUACAUUUUUUUCCCCGAAAAUCUUAUAUCAAACAUUUGCGGGCAAUAAAAACAAAGCGCGCGUGUCCUAGUGGUAAACACGCGUGCCUCACAAAUUUUAGGUCACGGGUUCGAUCCCGCAUCGAGGCAAACUUUUUUUCUUUUUCCCCCCAAACCCAUAAAUAAACUAACUUCCACAGAUCUUUGCUCGUGAGACACUCGGCGAUUUCGCCAACAUCAUUCCAUUUCUCAUCGGUAUUCUCCUCAUCGGCUCACUCAACUCCAAUCUAUUUUCGGGGAAGUCGAUAUAUGUAUGCGGCUGCACGGCAAGGACAUCUUCCCGCCUGUUUUUCUUGUGUCAAUACGUUGACCGAUUCGCCGAGGGUUGCGGUUUUUGCGCAGGUUCGUUUUGUUUUUGGGAUGGGAGGCUGAAAAUUUUAGAUUUUUUUUUUAGAAAUUUUGAAAAUCCACGUGGAUUUUUUUUUUUGAAAUUUUUUUGAUUCUUUAGCAAAAUAUGGUCCAAAUUUCAAAAUAGAAUCAGUAAUUCGAGAUUUUUUUUUGGUAAAAAAAAUCAGAUUUUCAAAAAAAUGCCCGAAAAAAUACUAGAAAAUUUUAGAUUUUUUUUUAGAAAUCUUGAAAAUCCACGUGGAUUUUUUUUUUUUUUUUUUUUUAUUUUUAAUUUUGAAAAAUUUAAAAUUAAUUUUUUUUCAAAAACUGAAAAAUGAAAGUUAAAAUUAGCCACGUGGAUUUUUUCAGGGCGAAACUUUUAAAAUUUGAAAAAGUUAUAUUUUUUGCUUAAAAAUUUCAAAAAAUUUGGAUUUUUUCCAGCGAGUCUGAAAUUUUAGGGCCAAAAAUCUAACUUUUUCAAAUUUUGAAAGUUUCGCGCUGAAAAAAUUCUAAUUUUAACUACCAGAAUUUCAAAAAAAAUUAAUUUAAGACGUGAAUUUUUAUGAAAUUCAUUUUCAGAAAAAAAUAUCAAAAAUAGGAAAAAAUAUAAUUUUUUGACAUUUUCUGAAUCGAAAUUUUUUGUCAAAAAAAAUUUUUCAAAUUCAAUUUUUUUUGGCGCCAAAAAUCCACCUCCGGGUUACUGUAGAGCUUUCAGUGGGGCCCUAAUUUAUUGAUAUUUAGCUCUGACAAAAAUCUUCCCAAAAUUUUUUAGAUUACUGUAGAUUUUACAGGUCUCGUAGGUGUGUUUCUCAAAAAAUCCACGUGGCAGUGAUUUUUUUCAGAUUUUUUUUUUCUAGAAAUUAAAUCGAAUUCCACGUGGCAGAGAUUUUCCAAUUUUCAUCAAAAAAAUUUCGAAAUUUUUUUCAAAAUUCGAAUUCUAAACAUCACUUUUUAUGAAAAUUGGACCAAAAAUUUUCGAAUCGCUGCCACGUGGAAUUCUAGAAUUUCGAGAAAAAAAUCUGGAAAAAAAUCACACUGCCACGUGGAUUUUUGGACAAAAAAUUUCGCAAAAAUUUUUUCACACAUGAAAAUUUCAUUCAUUUUUUCUCUAGAAUUUGAUUUUAAUUUUUUCAAGUCGAAAAAAAAAAAAUUUUUACAAAAUUUUUUAAAAUUAUUUUUUGUUGCAACUCCAUAAAGGACGGAUUUUUUUGAAAACACGUGGAUUAAUUUUCCAAAAAUUUUCCAAAAAAAAUUUUUCUGCUUCACAGAGUGUCCUCGCGAUGCUCAUCUCCUACAUCGGCGAUCUCGACACCCUAAUCGGCUACGUCAUGUUCGGUUUCUGGGCUCAACGCAUCUUCAGUCUCGUCGCUCUUCUCCUAAUCCGCUAUCGAAAUAUUCCAGUUCACCCCGAAGCGGUUCGAGUUCCCAUCAUCUUCAUUUACCUAUUCCUGGCUGCCACAGUGGCGCUUGUAGUGAUCCCGAUUUUCCAAGAAUUUGCCGUAACUGCUCUAGCCAUCGCUAUUCUCCUAUUCGGCUUCGUUUUGUACUACUUUUUCAUCUACAAUUCAAAUUUACCGCUUUGGGUGCUGACCUUAAAUCGUAAGAUUUUCCUUGGAAAAUUUUUAAAUUCCAAAAAUUUCCAGAAAAAUGCACUCUUCUCUGCUGCAUCAUUUUCGACUGCCUGCCCGACGUCAAAACCGGAGUUGUCCUUCUACCCUCCGACAGUUCACAAGCUCUACUUUUCAAAAAGUGAGUUAAAAAAAAAAAAAAAAAAAAGGUCUGCCCUCACGCAGGAUCGAACUACGGACCUUUGGUUUACAAGACCAACGCUCUACCACUGAGCUAUAAGGGCGCAUGGGGAAGAGGGGAGGAAAUUGCAUAUAAAAAUAGCGCGCGUGCGCGCGUUUUUUCUUUGGCUAGCGAGGAUAAAAAAUCUGAAAUUUUCAGACUAUCUCAAACCCGUCUCUCCGACGAAAGUCUACCCGAUUUACAUUCCGACGAGAAGAACAUAAUGCGUCGAAACGGCAGUUCAGCAGGCCUAAAAAUGUUGUAAGUGCGGAUUUUUUUCAAAUUUUUUCAGAAAAAAUCUGAAAUUUUCAGCGUUCCUUCCUCACUAGUCGAUCUUAUGGGUGAUGUUCAGUGA